UUAGUCUAAAGUAGGAGGGGAAAUCGCACUAUUCAUAUGAACAGUGUUUUGUAAGACAUUUCAGUUUAUUUACAAGAUUGCCACUCGGGUGCUUUUAGCCAACUUUCUGGCUUCGUUUAAUCGUUUCCACUUUCUCAAACCCUAGCAGCCACAACACUAUCUCUGGAAUAGCAUCGACACCUGCUUCCUAAAACCAAAACCACACAAACUCGGCUUCAUUUUUGUAACUCGAGAGCUUCGGUGGGAUGAAGGAGAAGUGCAGGGAGAUGGACUCGAGUCGGCGGGCGGAAGAGAUCUUCAGGGAUUACAGUGGUCGGAGAACCGAAGCCGUCCACGCUUUAACUAACGAGAGAGAGACAGAGGUCGAGCAAUGUUUCGUCAAUUUCAGUCAACUUGGGCUACCCCCAACGUCCGGUAAGAUCCCUCGCUGAUCCCUUCUCUCGCCUAUGUCGUCUUACUCCACCAUUCGCCUCAGGAAGGCCCGUGCGUGGUUUUUUGGGUAGGGAUUUCAGAUUUCAAGGGGCAGAGAGGCUGUGCUUCGUUACGAUCGGGCCGAGCUUCUAUCUGCAAAUCGAGGCCCCGGUGAAGCAUAAGCAUUACAGGCCUGCGGUGAGUUCUAGGGAAAGAAGAAGGAAGGAAAUGCCGCUAGGUACGUCACCAGGUCACAAGUUGUCAAGCAGCUUCAAGUCAGUCUUCCCCUCUUCAGGGUUUAGGGUUUGUGCAUUAUUCGGAUUUGGCGUUAGUUGCUGUUAUCCAGAUUUUCUAUUUUUAUGUGGAAAUGAGUCGUAGCUGGUAAAUGAGAAGCAGAGCAAGCAAAUUACGGAGAUACCUCCAGAAGAGUACAAAAUGCCCCUGGUAUGGAUUGACUUGGAUCUGACUGGUGAGGGUAAAAUAAUUCCUUGGAGUGAAGCUCCUUAUAAGGAUGCUGCAGGGAGAACGGCAUCUGGGAAUUUACCUCUUAAUGCAUUUUUGUCUGAGUGGGCCCUCAUGACACUGUUAAAUCCAAACCGAAGUUUGGCGAAUUUGAUAUAUGUUGGAUACAAUGGCAGUCCUGCUUCAGCUAUCCAUGUUACUAGAAAAAGAUCAGUAGAUCGUAAAAGGAAAAAAACGGAAAGAAAUGUUAGCUGCUUUGUUUUUGGUCCUAAAAAUGCAGGAAAAUCCCCUCUUUUAAAUUCAUUCAUAGGAAGGCCUUUCUCAAAGAGCGAGACUAUACCUACUGGUGAGCGUUAUGCAGUGAAUGUCAUUAACCAGAUUGGGGUGGAGGCAUCGACUAAUCAGCUGGCUGAUCAGCAGAUGCCAGUGUAUAAUCUUGCAUCGAAGAUUCUUUGUCGGGUUGUCAAUGUAUCAUUGAAGGCUGAACCAGACACUGAUGAAGUAUAUGCACAAGUCACUUUACUUCCUGAAUCAAAUUUUUCAGAAUGGUUAUGUCACACUCUGCUAUUCUUCCUGUCAAAAUGGGGAAUGUUUGCAUGGUUGUCACUCUUCGAACAGGUUAUUGGGUUUCUUUGGAUUUUCGUUUUUCUCUAUUGGGUUUCGAUUAGUUCUCAAGUUUUUGCGUUUCUUGAUUUGCUUUUCGUAUUUGAACAUAAAGUUUUUAUUUCCUCAUGAAUCUGAUCUGCCUUUUUCAAAGAUAACUCUGGUUAUAAUUUCAAUCUACAAGCUUUGUGGCUGAUCAGAGGCUACCGUAUUUGGAUUUUGCUGGUAAGCAUAAAAUUAUAUAUAUAUAUAUAUAUAUAUAUAUAUAUAUAUAUUCAUUAAGUUUGUAUAAUUACAUGGGUGUUCUUUGAGUGAUAUGUACAUAUAUUUCCUAAAAGAAAAUGAUUUCUCACACUAUUUUCUUAUUCUGCACCUUUGUUGAAUUUUUGUCUUUUUAUUUUUUUAUAUUUUUUUAUUCAAUUCAAAUGACCAAAAUAAACACGAGUGUAUAUGGAGAAUAAUGAGUAUGCGGAAAUCAGUAUCAUUUGCUAAAAUGUUUAUCUUUAUAGCUCAUGGUAUAUAUGAGUUUUGUUGUUGUUGCUGCUUUUCUUGCCUUUGCACGUUCUGCUCUGAAAUUUAUAAAUACAUAGAAUAUUGUAAUUGAAAGAAAAAUAACUUUGGACCAAAUUCUACAUACUCAAUUUGACAGGAAGAAGGUUUCAAAUUGGACGAUUGGAAGA